AUUAGUUGGUCUGUAUGUAGUUGUCAACUUGUGAGUCAACCAAAGCGGUAGGCUAUUGGAUUCUUCUUCAAAAUUCUAAUAAUUUUCGUUUUAAAUAGCGAUAAGAAAGAAUGUAAGAUGGCUAUAAAUUUAGACAAACACAAAGAUGCUCUUAUCGCAGCUUGGAAGGAUGUACUAGAUGACAAAACUGAAACAAAUUGGGCAUUAUUUGGUUAUGAUGGAUUAACAAAUGAUUUGAAAUUUGUAAGCAAAGGUGAUGGUGGUUUGACCGAAUUGAUAGAUGAUUUCAACAGUGGAAAGAUUCAAUAUGCCUUUUUAAAAGUAGAUUUGCCUAAUGGGACCAUAUCAAAAUAUGUACUUAUCAAUUGGCAGGGUGAGGGAGCGCCAACUGUACGCAAAGGUACCUGCGCGAACCACAUCAAGCAUGUUGCACAAUUUUUUACUGGGUUCCAUUUGACAAUGCAUGCACGAACAGAAGAUGAUCUCGAAGAACGUCUUAUUUUAGAGAAGCUCGCUAAAGCAGGUUCGGCAUUUAAUUUUAAAACAAGUAAACCUGAAGAUCUGCCCUCUAGUGGUCCAGUUGGAACUGUCUACAAAAAGGUUAAUCCAGUUCAAGAAAUUAAUUCAAAAGAACGUGAUCAGUUUUGGAUGAAAGAGGAACAGGAAGAGAAAAAACGUGUCGAAGCAGAGAGGAAACGGAAAGAAGAGGAAAAGAGGAAAGCGGAAGAGGAUGUAAGAAGAAGGGACGAAUUGGAAGCAGCAAGAAGAGCGAAAGCAGAACAGGAUAAGGCGGUCGUACCUGAAGCCACUAGCCCGACUGGCUUGAGCGCGAGUGAGGCGCUCCGGCGGCAGCGCUCGGCGGAGGCGAGGCAGCUGAUAGGCGCCUCCACCGCCGCCGCCCGCGCCAUGUUCCAGCAGAACCUCGCGCAGGGACAGAUCGCCGGCCCUAGGACAACAGCGAAUGUGCCAGAAAAACCAGUUCGUAGUUCAGUGAUUGCACAACGCAUCAACACAUUCACUCAAGCACAAAACCAAUCGCCUCAACCGACUUCGCCCGUUAAAAUCCCAGUAGCAAAAACAACAGAAGCCAACGCGACCCUCCAAGAAGAGCCACAAGAUCAACAGAAGACAAGUCCAUUGAAGAACAUAGACAAAAUCAAACUGAGCCUCGAGAGCCCCUCGCAGAUACAGUACGAACCUAUAAUAGAUCCGGGUGCAGACUUAAGUCCUAGUACGGAAACGGAACCGAGUUCAUUCAGUGCAAUAAAUUAUUCCGAAUUCAAAGGAAACGAGAACAAUUAUAGAGAGAUAGAAACUGACAUGAAACAAAGUGAACCGAUGAUAAAACAGAAUAUAUUGGAGAACGAUAUGUUCGACGCUUCGUAUUCUAGUUCGAAUGAAAACGAUGACGAUGACAGUGAUAAUAAGUUCAGUACCAUCAAAAGAUCUCCGUACAGUAAGAAUAAUAUAGCAGAAGAGAGUCAGAAGUCAGAAUUGAGUAGACAGAAUACGGUUAUAGAGAAUGUGAAUUACAAGAAAGAGAAUGGCAAUGCGACAUCGGAGGACGUUUCUCCAGAGGGCAUGGAGGAAGAGGGUACGAUAUACGAGGAUCUGGAUGAUGAUCCCGGUUUGACGGCGAGAGCGCUUUACGAUUACCAAGCGGCGGACGAAUCAGAGAUAACAUUCGAUCCGGGUGAUAUAAUAACACACAUCGAACAAAUAGACGCGGGUUGGUGGCAGGGGCUCGGCCCCCACGGACUGUUCGGACUGUUCCCCGCUAACUAUGUAGAACUACUGCCCGCGCAUCCACGCUAAAUUCAACCUUAAUCAUACGCGAUAAGGACCAUUCGAUCGUAAUAUAUCGUGGCCUUGAAAAUCAGUCGUCGCGCUUUCUAUAGUAAAAUGUUGCUAGCGGAAAGUGAACUUUAUUGAAAUAAUUUUUAUUUGCUUAUAAUUGAAAGUUAAAUGCAAAAUCGAACGUACACCAGGUUAAUAUAUUAUGUAAGAACUUAACAAUGGAUUUUGAACUUAAAAUUCGACACAUUAAGGGCGUAAAACCAGAAAUUUUACAGUAUUGUAUACCUCCAUGAGCUGUGGUCUGAUAAUUGCUCAAGUAUAAUAAUAUAGAUGUGAAA